UACAGUUUGUGCUUGCAUGAAUCACGAGUUCUGAUUCUCUGCGAAAGAAAGAGACACAAGCAAGUUGACUAUGGAUCAAGACGUUAGCCCAGAGGCAGAAAACAGUCAUGGGAUUGAAAAGAAGUCUUUGCAGCACCGAUAUUUUCGAAAGUUAGCCAGAAAACAAAAUGAUCACAUGAAUAAUGGUGUGGAAGGACUCGGAAGUGGUGGAACACCAGAAACGACAGAAGAUACCUUAGGAUAUUUUCAUAUUCCAAGUCGUUCUUACUCGCCAGAAAGAUUGACAGCGCGUUCUAGGUCGCACUCAAUAUCGCCCAUAAGACAUCCAUCUGUACUUACGUUUGGAGAUGAUGCAUUAUCUCGUUCACCUUCUCCGACACGACGAUUAUUGACCUCGACACAUACAGUGAAUGAGAACCCUUUUGUUACAAGCGAUCAGCCCAAAUACCCAUAUUUAUAUCCUACUGAGUUGCGACCCGUUCGAAAAAAUAGUGACAAUCCCUUCAGUGAUAUAAGCAGCAGCAGCAGUUUCCAUGCAAGCAGCAAUCAAAAAGUAGGAAGCGACUCAACAACAAACUCUGUCUUCGAUACCUAUGCGUUUGAUGAAGAUGGAGCGACAGAUGAUUUGGACAACGAAUUUACUCCUUUUCCAACGCUAGAAAACUCAUACUAUCCAAUCAACAUGCCAUAUGAUGUAUAUAAUCCUUUCGAAGCUGAAUACACAUCUGAUGAUGGUACAAACUCUGUCGAGGAAAACAGUAACGCAUCUUCGGUCAGCCUUGAAAGAAGAGAUACUGCAUUCAAAAACGCCAAAGCAGUUAAAGAUACAGUGUUUUAUUAUGAUAAAAAGGAUAGUCAGCAUCAGCCAGAAAUGGCAGCAGACAAUAAUGGCACGAAUUCCGCAACCAAGCAGGUACGUAUGGUAGACGGAAAUCUAGUCCUAGAUUGCCCUGUCUCAGAAAUUCUUCUAAGCAAAUACAAAGUUCCAUUGACUGAAAAAGACCGUGAGUUCUUGUUUAUGAGAUUUCAAGCGUGUACAGCUGAACCAGAAUAUUAUCAGGAGGAAAAGUUUUCGUUGAGACAAAAUUUCUAUACAAAACCAAGAGAAACAGAAUUGAUGAUUGUCGUCACUAUGUACAAUGAAGAUGAAUUUUUACUUGCUAGAACUUUAAAAGGUGUUUUCAAAAAUAUACGAUAUUUAUACAAUCUGAAGCAUUCUUCAACAUGGGGAACAAAUGCAUGGCAAAAAAUUGUGGUUUGCAUAGUCAGUGACGGAAGACAGAAAAUUAACCCAAGAUCAAAAGCUCUACUAGCAGCAUUGGGAGUUUAUCAGGAAGGUUUUGCCAAAAACAGAAUUAACGAUGAUGACGUCGUUUCCCACAUUUACGAAUACACAACCAUGGUAGGAAUUUCUAAAAUAUACAAAGAUCAUAUCACGUUGACUACAGAUAAUCAGAUUCCAGUCCAGAUGAUAUUUUGCUUGAAAGAACAAAACCAAAGGAAAAUCAACUCCCACAAAUGGGCCUUCAAAGCCUUUGCUCCACUUUUAAAUCCUAAAGUUAUAAUUUUGCUGGACGUCGGUACUGCACCUGAGAGUAAGUCAUUAUACAAGUUAUGGAAAAGUUUUAAGGAUGAUCCACAAGUUGCUGGCAGCUGCGGAGAAAUUAAGGCAAGUCUUGGAACAGGCUGGAGACUACUUCUGAAUCCUUUAGUUGCAGCCCAGAACUUUGAGUACAAAACCUCAAAUAUUUUGGAUAAGCCGAUGGAAAGCGUAUUCGGUUUUGUCACGGUCUUACCCGGUGCAUUCUCUGCUUAUAGAUAUGAAGCAUUAAUUGGUGAACCUUUGGAGAAAUACUUGAAAGGUGAAAACUUGAAGAAAAACAAUGAUGAUGGCAUUUUCAACGCAAAUAUGUAUCUCGCAGAAGAUAGAAUUUUAUGUUUCGAACUGAUUGCCAAAAAAAAUUCUAACUGGAUUCUAAAAUAUAUUAAUACAGCCGGUGCAUACACAGAUGUCCCAGAACAAUUGGAUGAUUUUAUUUCUCAGAGAAGAAGAUGGUUAAAUGGUUCAUUUUUUGCAGCCGUUUACUCAGUUUGCAAUUUCUAUAAAAUUUGGCGUACAGGUCAUUCAGUCGGAAGAAAAUUGGCACUGCAAAUUCAAUUCUUUUACCAAUUACUGAACUUGCUAGUGUCAUGGUUUUCAUUAGGAUCAUAUUUCCUGGUCUUCAGAAUUUUGAGUUGUUACUUGGCAGAAUCAAGCAUUGGUUUCCCGCCAGGAAAUGUGCUGUCGGUAUUUUUUCUUUGGCUCUAUAUGGCAUCACUUACUACAACCUUCGUCUUGUCGUUUGGUAACAAACCUCAGGGCACCAAAAUCUUCUAUCUGAUAAUUGUUAUUUUUUUUGCAGUACUAAUGUGCUAUAUGAUAUUUGCAGCUAUCUUGCUGUCAGUGAAGUCAAUUCAACAGAUUCUAGAUGAUAGUAAAAGUGGAUUCAGUUGGAAAUUUUUGUUUGUCGAAACCCAAUUCCGAAAUUUGAUGAUUGCAAUAUUAUCAACUUAUGUUUUAUACUUCAUAGGAUUCCUCAUGUUUUUACAACCUGUCCAUAUGUUGACUAGUUUUGUGCAGUAUCUAUUAUUAUCACCCGCAUAUGUCAAUAUUUUGAACAUUUAUGCAUUUUGCAACAUUCACGACAUCUCAUGGGGUACCAAAGGUCAGGAUAAAAUUAUUGAUUUGGGUAUUGCAAAGAAGGGGAUUUCAGGAAAUCAAGAUGAGCUUGAAAUUGUUAUUCCCACAACAAAGUAUCAAAUAGAUGAUGGCUAUUCCAAAAUGGUAAAAACUCUAAUGACACCUGAUCCUUCAAGCUCUGACGACAACUCAAUAGAUCCCGAGGAAAAGAAUAAAUUUUACUUUGCAUUCUUUAGAUCUAUGACUGUUCUUAUUUGGAUGUUCAGCAACUUUAUUCUGGUCGCAGUAGUAACUGAAACAGGUGGAUUAUCCCAAUUCGAUAAAAACGAUAAUAAAAAAGAAAGCAAUGAUAUUUUACCUUCAAAACAAACCUUCAUUUUUCUUUCCGUCAUUCUAUAUAUUGUGGCAUUUAUGGCAUUUUUUAGGUUUGUUGGUUGUACGAUAUACUUGAUGCAAAGAGGAUUUAAUAAACUUCGUGUGAGGACAUGAGGUACAAAAUCGUUGUUGCUGAAUCUAACGUCAAGAACUCUGAAGCCUAAAUAUGAUAUAUUUGACAUUAAACUCUCUUUGACGCAGUCAGGCUUAGUAUUUCAACCGUCAAAUUAUAUCUAUGUACAUGUUUACUUAUUUCAAAUAUAAUUCAAUAUGCUAAAAGCCGUAAAAAGACCUACCAGAGUCCUUUACCCCACUUCUCUUCUCAGCCAACGCAAGUAUCCUUUCCAUUUUCUCGUUUGUAAAACCAU